UUUCAAAACCCUUAAUUUUCAUUUUCAUUUUCAUCAUGUUGGCAGUUUCCUCUCCUUUGUUUUCUCCUCAUCAAUGGCCAUUGGAAGAUCCCAUCUGUCUCCAUCACCAACACAACUCUCUCUUCUCUCCCUUUGAAGCUUCAGAUCAUUCAUUUUACCUCCAAUUCCCUCCCCCGACGUUCGAGCCACUGCACGCCGAGCUCGACCACUAUCCUUCCUCUGCUACACCGUCCCCAGAAGGUAGCACCAAGGUCUCGAAGAUCGCCAAGAAACUUAGCCAUAAUGCUAGUGAGCGCGAUCGUCGAAAGAAGAUCAACUCUCUUUACUCGUCUUUACGAGCCCUCCUUCCCUCCACCGAUCAAAUGAAGAAAUUGAGUAACCCAGCGACGAUUGCGAGGAUAUUGAGCUACAUACCGGAGCUACAACAGCAGGUAGAAGGGCUAAUGGUAAAGAAAGAAGAGCUCAUGGCAGCCAUGGUUGGACAGGAAGUUGAGAAUGAUGAAGAAAAGAAAACGAAAUGCUCAGCUUCGAGUUCCUCGUCGAUCAUUUCGGCAAGUCGACUUAGUCGAUGUGAAAUGGCGAUUCAGAUAUCCACCGACAUCAAUGGCGGCCACCGGAAUUCUUUGUCGGAGAUCUUGGUUUGCUUGGAAGAAGAAGGUCUUCUUCUUUUGAAUGCUUCUUCUUUUGAGUCUUUUGAUGGGAAGGUUUUCCAUAAUUUGCAUCUUCAGGUAAUAAAAUAUUAUUAUGGGAAGCAAGAGCAGAAUGGAGCCUAA